CUCGCCCACCUUCUGCAUCGGCACCCGGCCUGUCGCCCGCACGCCGUUCUCUCCUUGCUGCUCCUUCCCAAAUUUAUCCCCUCGUAGUUUUCCUAAGGCUUCGUGUGCACGCUGUUAACCGCCUGCCAGGUUUUUAAGAGGAGAUGUGUGCUACGGAAUCCUUCACUUAAGUCCAGUUGCACUUAGAAAUUGGCUCCUCGGAACCAAAAAUGAAAUCAGAGUUGUGUAGCACUUUUGAGGCAGCACCUCAGUUAAGCCAGAUAGCUUGGAGAGAGACAGCUUCUCUUGUUGCUGAUAACUACAGGCUUGUCUAAAUUUUUUACUUCUUGGUAAUAACAGAAAAUGUUUAAAAUCAUAACAACAAGUAAUUUUUAAGGCUGUAACUAAAUGCUGUUAAGGUUCUUUGGACUGCAUUAUACAACCAAGUAGCAUUAACAUCAGCAGGGCUUUUCUCAAGUAUUUGGGGAACACACUUGCUGAUAUGUAAAUGCAUUCUGCAGUGUUUGUCAUCAUGUUUAACCAUUAUGAAAUUUGUUGAGUUUGUAUUUUUCAACAUAGUUUUGAAUGUUUUAAAUGGGGUGUUGAACUUUCAGAACUGCAGGAGAAGUGGGACUUUUUAAUGCAAAGUCUAUAGAACGGAACGUCCCCUUGAGUUAAAUGGAAAGUGAGUUAAAAAAGCAAUUCCAAUCAACAAUCUUAAUCACACCCUUGUAAGUGCAUGUUAGAUUAAGGCAGAGACUUUCCUAAAACUUGAGCACGAUGUGAUGGCCAACAGCAGGAGGAUUAAACACAUAAUAUCAUUAUUGGAGCUAUAGUAGCGUCAGCUGGGCUGAAAGUUCUGUGAGACCAUAAUAUGAAUAGCAUGUGAAUAAAAAGCAUUUUUGGCCUGAAUGUUUCUCUACAGUGUGAUAUUACAAAUGUUGACAGCUUUGUCUUAGACAAGCUGAACAAAGUUCAGUUACCUGCAUGUACAGAAUGAAUACUUAGCAUAAAUGAUGAAAAGUUGCAUUCAUUAAGGUUCAGAAGUGUUGGUAUAUACAGCUGUCUCAAGGCUGAAAGCAGUGCAAAGAGGAAUAUUGUAUUAUUUUUUGAAGGGGGUUGAAAAUUUGUAGUUAUUUUUUCAAAACUUUUGAAGAAGUUCCUUGGUAGAAAUAAUUCUUGGUAAACCUUUUCUUUGAUGCUUGAAAGCUAAGGAUUGCAAUAGACCACUAGUAUAUAAGGGGAAGCCAGAAGUGGAAGAGAAAUAUACUAAUCUGUCUUGUUCCUCCAACCUGCAAGCCAUAAAGAAGUGAACAUUAAAGAGCAAAGCAACCCUGUAAUUUGGUGAUUCUUGACUGCAGAACAUUGACUACUGAUGCAGAAUAUUUUUGUCUUGAAAAUUAGUUUACUCUAAUCAUAAUCUUUCAAAUGACAAAGUGCAUUUAAAAUAAUAGUACUUUUUUGAUUACUUCUGAGUAUUGUCUUCAGUAAUUAAAUAGUGUCUCUUGGACCACACACUGGGUUGUUAAUUAAUGUGAUCUAUUAGAAGCAUUUUGUUAUUUUUAGUGUAUUUUCCAUAGCAUUUCUUGAAAUUCUGCUGUAUUUUUCUAGAUCUAGUGCUACAAAUUAAUUUUAUUAGAAGAUUCAUUUGUGAGGCUAAAGCAAUUGGAAGCGAGUCUCACUUAUUUUGCUGUUAGUAGGAUGUGAAUUCAUAACCUAAGUUAUCUGUUUGCCAGUGAAAAACUAUGCUUGUUACCAUAUGAAUCAGAUCAAUAAAAUCAGAGUCUGUAGAUGACAGUCUUGCAGCUUCUGAUAUCUUUUGAUGUGUGUGCUUUGUAGCUUAAUGAUGAUUUCAAGAGUGUUUUGAACAAUCUUUUAUUCAGUAGAAUACUAAUUUGGGAUUGUAUUUCCUAAAACUUAGUUUUUCUUGUUUAGGUACUUCUCUCUGCUAUUCUGUUUGUAGCAAGACAGAAAACUUCCUUAUUACUUAAAAAUAUGAAAAGAAAGGUCAUCUAAAGAAGCUGCUGAAUUUGUCAAGUAGUUGCAAAUUUGUUACUCCACUGAGAGUUCUGAUCCUGUUUUUGGCUCUUUAUCAUCUGAGGAUCAUGACUUUGACCCAUCUGCUGAAAUGCUGGUACAUGAUUAUGAUGAUGAGCGAACUCUUGAAGAAGAGGAAAUGAUGGAAGAAAGCAAAAAUUUCAGCUCUGAAAUUGAAGAUUUAGAAAAGGAAGGAAACAUGCCAUUGGAAGAUUUACUAGCAUUCUAUGGCUAUGAGCCCACGAUUCCAGUUAUGCCAGGUUCCAGUGCAAAUAGCUCUCCAAGUGAACUUGCAGAUGAACUUCCAGAUAUGACUCUAGAUAAAGAGGAAAUCGCUAAAGACCUCUUGUCGGGUGAUGAUGAAGAAACACAGUCCUCUGCUGAUGACUUGACACCAUCAGUUACUUCACAUGAGGCUACUGACUUCUUUCCUCGGCCGCUAAGAUCAAACACCACCUGUGAUGGAGAUAAGGAGUCUGAUGGUGAAGAUGUAGAGGCAGACAAUGGUAAUUCAUCUGAAGAUUUGAGAAAGGAAAUAAUGGUUGGUUCACAGUACCAGGCUGAAAUUCCAGCUUACCUUGGCAGAUGUAGUGAUGAUGAAAAGGCUUAUGAAAAUGAAGACCAUUUACUUUGGAAACCUGAUGUGAUCUCAGAAAGUAAAGUUAAAGAAUACCUUUUUGAAACCUCCUUAAGAACAGGAAAUGAAAAAAUGAUUGGCAGAAUUCCUGAAGGACUGCAUACACGGGACAAUGAACAAGCACUGUAUGAACUUCUUAAAAGCAGCCAUAAUGUUAAAGAAGCAAUUGAGAGAUACUGCUCAAAUGGAAAGGCAUCUCAGGAAGAGAUGACAGCAUGGUCAGAAGAAGAAUGCAGAAGCUUUGAAAAUGCACUUCUUAUGUAUGGAAAAGACUUCCAUCUCAUACAGAAAAACAAGGUAAGAACCAGAACAGUUGCUGAGUGUGUGGCUUUCUACUACAUGUGGAAGAAGUCGGAACGUUAUGAUUACUUUGCUCAGCAAACACGAUUUGGAAAGAAGAAAUAUAACCAUCAUCCAGGAGUUACGGACUACAUGGAUCGUUUGGUAGAUGAAGCAGAAUCCCUUGGAGGAGCAGUACAUUCUUCAGCCUUAACAUCUAACAGUCGAACAGAAACCAUUCCUGACCAACAGCUAAGCAUUCUGAACUCUAUCACUGCCAAUGAGUUGACAGCACUGACAAACACUGUAGCUACAGUCUGCCACACUUCAGAUGUGAACUGCCUGGAUGAUGCUUUUUCUCCCAUGGACAGCUUACCCCGAGCACCAGUUAAUCAUGUGCCUGUUGGAACAGAAGAAUUGCUUAACUUGCCCAGCAAUGGUGAAAGUGAUUGUUUUAAUUUAUUUGAGACUGGCUUUUAUCAUUCAGAGCUAAACCAAAUGAACAUGUGCAGCGAGGAGGCAGAAAGACCUGCGAAGAGAUUGAAAAUGGGGAUUGCUGUCCCAGAAUCUUUCAUGAAUGAUGUCUCUGUAAAUAACCUUGGUGUGGACUUUGAGAACCACACACACCACAUUACCAGUGCCAAAAUGGCUGUUUCAGUGGCUGACUUCAGUAGUCUAUCUGCAAAUGAGACAAAUGGUUUUAUCAAUACCCACACUCUCCACCAACAUGCUGCCCUUCAUUCAGAAUGACUGUGGAAAACUAAACAAACAGUGGGUACUUUAUGCAGUAGUAGUAAACUUGAUGGGAGCUAUCAGGUUUGCUUAGUCUUUCACUGGAAGUUUGAACUUUAUGACAUCAGUGAUGUCUUUGUAUGUAUAGAACUAUAUCUUGAUUUAUCAAGAGUAAUUUCUUUUUUCAGUCCAUAAAUGUGGAAAUGUCAUAGGAUGUGUGGCAGAGUUUGGGACUAAGAGAACUCUGUGAUGCAGCUUUAAGCUCUGCUUCAGUUUUUUUUCCUAAAGCCUGUAGACGGAAGCCACCAUUUCAAAACCAGCACAGAAGUUCUGAACGGAUUGGAGUGGCUUUUUUAGUAAGUUACUUUUGCCGUAAUGGAUGCAGUGGAAUAACAAUGUUUACAGGUACCGAUCCUGAUCCCUGCUCAAUGUAGCAUUUUUUUUCCCCCCCUUAUAAAGGCAGGGAUGGGUUUGUUUAUUUUAAACUGCACAAACAUACAAGGAUGUUUUUUAAAUGGAACCUUCUCUCAUGUGAUACUAAACUAGAGCACUUCAGUUUACAAAGCAGCAAAUUCAUGUUGGUGGAAGCUAGCACAAGGGAUUUAAGAUUAGUAAAGUGAAGAUCUACACUUGAAUGCUGUUGCAAAAUUAAAGGUCAUGGCUACCUUACAAAGAAGUAAUCAUGCUGCCAUAGAUGUCUGUGUACUUUAAACUUACUGGCUCAAACAGAUGAGUUUUAGGCUAUAUUGUAUUUGGAAGGGGUUUGUCCACAACUUUGAAGAGUAAUGCAAUCGUGUACCUUAACUUUCCUAAGGCAGCUGAUGUAUAAAGCUACAGUCUGCACAGCUUAGGAUUUACCACUAAACAGUCUGCAUUUGGAAGACAUCUUAAGUUGUUUGGAGCACUGCAGUUCAAGUGUUACAGUUUUAAAGGACUAUCUAGUUUAUAUAGUAAUAGUAGAACCUUGAAGUACAUGCUUGAAAGUUUUUAUUUAGCGUGGAUUGCAUUUAUUUGUUUUGGCAAGUCAUUGGCUUCAAAACGGCACUUCACUUCUGUGGUUAAAUAGGAAAGGAUGAGUAUAAAUGCAUCCCAUAAAAGCAACUAUUUAACUUCAUUACAUUUUUUUAUUUUGAACCUUGAGUGCAAUUUAGCCACCCAGGAUGUUUGUCUUGCAAAUGUUUGUUCCAAUUGCUGCAGGAACCAAGCAUAGUAUUGGCUUGUAAGAUGUUGUAGCAUACAAUUUGCAGGGUGUUCUAAUGAAAGCCUGAACGUCCCUUCAGAAGCAUUACUCCUGUCCCUCCAUACUUUUUCUUUGCACUGUUUGUAUUACAAGUUUAAUUGCCACUAAUUUGUUUUCAUUAUUCAAGCAAUUAAGUUUGCAUUGUUGAUAUUUUCAAUAGUUGCUUCAAGGUUGUGGUGAGUAAUUAGAAGGUAGUGACUUUAAUAUUUGAAAGGGAAGAGGGUAUUUAUUACGCAUACUGUGAACUGCAUUGAUAUCCCAAGUUUCAGAUGCAGCAUAUGGAGUUUUCUUUACAGCAUUAUAAUGAAGAUUGCUUUGAAGUGUUUAUGCAAUAGCACAUUUAUCAUAUUAAAAACAAAUUAGUUUAGCACAGUGGACAAAAGUAGAUAUGGUUUUGUAAUCAGUAAUCAAUCUGAAAUACGUAACUUUAGUAAGUACACAGUAAAUAACGGGUAGCCUUGGCCCUGUGUUGUACUCUUGACAUUUUUAGCCAAGUUCUCAGCUUCUUACUGCUGUGUUUUGUGCUGAACUUUGUACCUUGUUUCCUUCGUUUAUGAAUCAGCCCAUUUUAAGUAAUUUUGUAGAAUUCUGGCCAUAAUCUUCCAUUGUUACACAUUCAAGUUUAUCUAUGGGUUUACAGUGAGUGGCUGGUAUACAAGGAUGACUGAAUGCUUAUACCAGUUGCACUUAAAUGAACAUGCCCAUUUUCAUUAGUUGAUGCAGUAAUAUACUCAGUUUAUCUAUGCAUUGCUGGGCUCUUAAAGUAGGCAGAGACUUGUCUAAGGUUUGGGUUGUCAGCAAGUUGAAUGGACACUUUAGUUAUUUAAUAAAGACUUUGACCAAAAUUCAGAAAAUGAUAUGAGAGAAAAAUGAUUUCCGGGUAGUCUAAUAUAAAUGCUGAUCUUAUUUAGCCUGUUGGCUAGCUAGCUGGUAUCGUUUACUUUUAAUUCCUUGUUAAAAUGAGGCAAUAAUUUGCAAGAUUUCGUAAAUAUGUAAAUUCUUCAUAUCUUUUUAGAUACUCUUCCAAUAUUUUCUGACUACUUCUGUGUAUAGUAACAUUUUUGUGCAUGCUUGAUGUGACAUCCAUGAAUUUGUACCACUAUGACUUUAUCCAUGUAAAAUAGCUAUUUAUUGAAGUUUACUUUUAAAAGCUGGACUUACUUUUUUUCUCUCAGUUUAAACAUUUAAAUGGAGAACUUGUUACUGUUUAUUAAAAGAAUUGUGUUUUGAAAGUCAGCAUGGAGAUAACUGAAUUUCAACCAUGUGAAGAAAUUACAAUGCCUUGGCUAUUACACAGUGAAGCACAAUUCUUGUAACAAACUGUGAUGAAUUCUUUGUCCUUUGCCACCUGUGUUCUUCAUACAAACAAACCAAAAAAUCCAUAAUGGGCAAUUGCAGUGUUGGUAAAUGUAUCCUUUUUAUAUGUACAGGGAAUCUAAAGAGGGUAGCAGAUUCAUGUAGAAGUGUAACUGGUGCUGUGAUUAUAGCAAUACCACAGUUGGUCACACGUCAUCUUCCCAUGCUAGGUUCUUAAGUGUUUAGUCUUCCUCUUGUAAUGGUCAAACUGCUGAAUUUACUUGAAGGAUGUACAAUACUGUUUGAAGAAUACGAAAUUGUGUAUGAUGAGGUCAGUGAAUUGUGCAAUUGAAACUGAGAGGCAGAAAUAUAGGAAAACUUCAGUUCAAGUAGAACACAGUGAUACUACUUAAUUUAACCAAAGUUUCUAAUGAGUAUUUCAGCUUUGAAUGUAAACUAAUGGAUAAACUGACCAACAGGGACGCUAUUUGCCCAGCAUUACAAGCACAUGGUCUACAGACAGGGAAAUGAAAUACAGUAAUUUGUAAGAUAAUAACAAGGUUACUAUUUUUAUUAUUCCUAUUUUGCAUUGAAAGAAGGAGGAAGAUGCUAUCAGUUGUACAAUAAAGUAGGAAUGGUUAUAGUCUUCCUGAUAAAACAGAGAUUCCAGUUAUUCUCAGUUCAAAGUAACUACCCUGUGCAUAACAACAAAUCAAGUGACAAUCGGAACAUGUUUUAGUAUCAGAUGUUCAAGAGGAAGUCGCUGUUGUUGCAUUGGUUUUAAUAUUUGUACAUAAACACUGAUUUUUUUGAGCAUUAUUUUGUAUUUGUUGUACUUUAAUACCUGGUGUACAGCUCCAGAAAUAAAUGUCUGGAAACCUUU